AUGGUUGUCAAUAAUCCGAAUAACUGGCAUUGGGUCGAUAAAAACUGUUUGGCGUGGUCGAAGGAAUACUUUGAUGAGAAAUUGACAAACUUGGAAGUGGAGGAUGGCGACAGCAAGGUAAAAAUUGCCAAUGUUUCUUCCGUUGAAGGUGACGUUGAUGUCUCACAAAGAAAGGGGAAGGUGUUAUCGUUGUUUGAUGUUCGAAUUGUAUUAACCUUUAAAGGAUCCAAUGGUAAUGUUGAUGACAUAAAUGGAUCCAUUACAAUUCCCGAAUUGGCAUACGACAGCACCUCCGACGGUUUGGUGUUUGAUAUUAGCGUCUACAAUGAAACGAGCGGAAACUCUAGCAUCACAGACUUGAUUAAAGGGAAAUUGAUUCCAGAAUUGAGAAAGAAGUUGAUGCAAUUUGGUCCCGACUUGAUUGAAGUGAACAGUAAGGAUAUUCAAUUGGAGGCAGAUAAGGUGACGUCUACAUAUACAAAAGCCAAUUUAACUCAAGGUCGCAAGUCUGAAUCAAACUCGGAACACAAACAUGAAUCAAAAGUUGCAUCCAGUGCCAACUUGUCUCCGGCUCAGCAAACAAAGUCACAAUCCACAGUUCCCAAAUACAACACUACAACAUUGCAUCUUGAGCCAACAUUCAACACAUCUGCAGAGCAGAUUUACAUUACACUACUUGAUGCUUCCAGGAUUGCCGCCUGGACUCGGUCUCCCCCGGAGAUUGAGCUGUUCCCGCCAAAACAAGGUUCGUUGUAUAGAUUUUUCGGUGGUGCAGUUCUGGGAAAGAUUUUGAAACUUGUACCAAAUGAACGAAUCGUUGAAUUGUGGAGAUUACAAGACUGGAAAGAAGGACAUUAUGCCGAACUUGACAUGCAAUUGAUCCAAAGCAGUGGCGAAACCAAGGUUGUGGUGAAGUUUAGUGGCAUCCCAAUCGGGGAAGAGGAAAGAGUCAGAGACAAUUUUGAGGACAUGUAUAUUAGAUCCAUCAAAAUUACCUUUGGUUUUGGGGCAGUCUUGUAA